UCACACAUAUCCUCGCUAUCAUCAUCAUGGAGUCCACACGUGAGCAGUACAUCCUUCCGGAUACACCUCCUCAACAAGAACCAUCAUUCCCAUCUUACUGGGCAGCGCAAGCUGCGCGGAAGAAGAAGAUUCCUUCUACCAGUGCUGCUCCCCCUGCUGCUGUCGCAUCCGACCCCGAGGAGUCGCCCCUGAAGAGACGUGGAGUCUUCGUGGAGAGAGGGAUGAGCAGCGAUGAGCUCAUUAUACCAGACACACCACCAUCUCAUCUAGGAUGGGCACCGAAGCGUGUGCCACUAACAACAAUUACCACCAACAGGCAGCAGGGGAAGAGAAAGCUGCAAUUUCUGGAGGAGGAAGAAACCAACUUCGUACCCUCACAGAAACGUAUGUCUGAGAACACCUCCAUGGUUCCGCUACUAGAGGAGGCAGCCGCGCGGGAUGAUGAUGAUGAGGACUUCAUCGCACUCAUCAAUAACCCAUCACCAAAACCGUGGGUACCUCUCUGCGAGCUGGCGGAGGAUGUUCCACAUACUAUAAUCUCAGUGCGGGAGGAAACGGACCAUCAUGGCAGACGAAUUAUUUUGAAAAUUAAUAUCGCUUCUACGAAGAAAAUCUCUGAGAUAUAUUUUUAUAAGCCGACUAAAAAUUUACCCGAAGGUUAUCAGCUGUUUAAGUUACAAAUUAUUGACAUUUAA